CCUUACUAUAUGCACAACAUUCACAAAUAUACGUAGUUCGUCAACAUAUCGGCCGACCAUUGAGGACGAAAUGAAUCCAUUUCCGCCGCCGCCGCUACCGCUACCGCUGCCACCGGCCUCCGCCUUUCCCCCGCCACCGGCCUCCACCUUUCCGCGACCGCCACCAUCUUACUUCCACCACCCUACUCCAACCAGCGCUCUGGCAUAUGAUCUUCCUAGUGCUCUCUCAUCCCUUACAUCUCUCCUCAACCUCUCUUCAACUACUCUCAACUCUCUCUCCUCUCUUCUUCCUAUACCCCUUGUUGCUCCCUCUCCUUCUCCAGCUCUAAUCCCAUGCCCUUUCAAUUCCAACCAUCGUCUUCCCCUUUCUUCCCUCUUCUCUCACUCUCUUCAUUGCCCACCCAUCUCCUCUUCAUCAGCCGAUUACAUUCAAACCCUAAUACAGCACCUCAAAUACCCCCAUACCCUUCACUAUUCCAAUCCCUUUACCUUACCCUUGCUUGAAUCACAGUCUGACCUUUGCUUCUCUCUUGAAACAUACCUCGAUUUUGAAAAUCCCACUUUCUGUUAUUCUAAUUGUCCUGGUGUUGUUUCUUUUCCUAUUAGGGGAGAAAAUGCCAAUCCUCCAAUGCUCACUUUGCCUGCUGUUUUAUCUUCCGAAUGUGCUAAUUUUGGUCAAAAUUUGAUGGGGUUUCCGAAAGAAAUUGUUAGUCAGCUUCUUCCUUCGGAGGUUUAUGCAAUUAGGAAUGAAACGGAUCAUUGGAAUGAGUUUCCUUUUAUGUAUUCAUAUCAUGUUCUUCGUGCGAUUUUAGGAUUGGGAAUGAGUAGUGUGGAGUGUUUAUCUACAUGGGUAGUUGCUAAUUCAGCAAGGUAUUAUAGUGUUGUGCUUGAUUUAGCAAUGAGGGAUCACGUACUUGUACUGUUUAAGCUUUGUUUGAAGGCUAUAGUUAGGGAAUCUAUUGAUUUAGCUAGUACAUUUUGCAAUGGAGAAGCUGAGGAAUCAGUUUUGAGUAAUCGGAGUUUUAAGUGUCCUGUCUUAGUUCAAGUCUUGGUGUGGUUGGGAACCCAACUUUCUGUGUUAUAUGGCGAAAUGAAUGGGAAAUUGUUUGCUAUCAACAUGCUAAAGCAAAGUAUCUGUGACUGUGCAUUUAGUUCUUGUAUGUUCAAUGAAUCUACUGAUAUGAAAAGUGGAGAAGACAAUCUUCAAGAGCCACAGGAAAGCGGUGAACCACUUAAAAGAAGAAUGGAGAAUGGAACGAAUGUAUCGGGUGAAACACUCUCUAAAGGCGCAAUUUUUGUUUCCCAAGUAGCAGCAGCUGUUGCAGCAUUGUAUGAACGAUCCAUGUUUGAAGAAAAGCUCAAAGCAUUAAGGAGUUUACCAUCACUCCCAGCUUACCAACGAUCAAUGGAGCACACUUAUAUUUCAGAAAAAGCAGAUGAGGAACGACAAAAACGCCCUAAUUACAAACCCCUGCUUGAACAUGAUGGACUUCUGUGGCAGCAUUCGCGAAAUAAUCAGGACAUGGAUAGGAAAAAGACUAGAGCAGAAUUAUUAGCUGAGGAAAGGGAUUACAAACGUAGAAGAAUGUCAUAUCGCGGGAAAAAGUUGAAGCGGUCAACAACACAGGUUAUGAGGGACAUAAUUGAGGAAUACAUGGAGGAAAUUAGGCAAGCAGAUCCCAUCAAUUGCCCAACAAAAGGAGCUGAAGUGACCAAAUUUCCGCUGUCUGCAUCCUACAGGGUGGAUAAUAAUAAUUAUAAGAAUAAAGCUGAGUCUGAAAAGAGGCAGCCAGAUUCGUCUGCUUUAAGCAAAGUAAGGGAGGGUGGUUAUAGGGAAGAGUUUCAUACCGAUGAAGAAGUCAAUUCAACAGAUUACAAAUAUGAUUAUUCUGAAGAUAUGGAAAAAGCAUCUCAGUGGCAUCAUCGACAUUCAGUGGCCCAGAGAAGUAAUGGGAGGUCCAGACAGGACAAAAAAGAUUACUCUAGAAGCCCAAAUCAGCUAGUCGGUCGUGCAUAUUCACGUGAGAAAUCGAUCAGCAAAGAGAAGCGAGACUAUUCAAAUGAUUCUAGUUUAAAUUUUUCCAGAAGCUCCAGCAGAAGGUACCACAAAUCAAAUGAGGAGAGUAGUCCACAUAGGGAGAGAGGUGAUCGUCAUUUUGACUUCAAGAAACGGAAGGCAAGGGAUGCUUCUGAUGAUUUUGAAGACCGAUAUGAUCCUUCAGGACCUUAGAAAAACUUUGAGAAAAUGUCCCACUAUUGCAGCUAGUUCUCUUUUUGUCAGGUAAUCUGGCUAUGUGUUGAUAUUGGAACGGCAUUACCAUCAGAAAUUAUUGUAAUUGGUCCCAUCAGAAAAGAAUUUCCUGUGACUGGUGCCUUUUGUGGUCUAUUGGCCAGUAGGAAGUCAUGCAGGUGUCCACAGUAUAUGCACUUCUGUAUCCUUCCUUGUAUCCUUUAUAUUGAUUUUUCUUGGCAUUGUCUUAGAUUUGUUGUUCUCCGCCUUUUUCCCUAUCCAAAGAAAUAAUUUUCAAGUGGCGUAGGGUAUGGCUAAAACCUCAGUGAUAAUGUUCUUCAUGUGCACAUCAUAUAUAGUAAGUUGUUCUUUACCAUAGAGCUGGGUAUAGCUUGACCUGAAAUAUAAACAUUUGUUGCUGAGUUCCUUUUUUAUUGUUGGAACAGAUAUUAUUGCACAGAUCUAAUGCUAAAUACUUUUGGUUUGUUGGUUGUGCUUCAAUGUACAAGUGUAAACACAAGUAUUGAAGUAAGAUUUGCUUGGUUACAUUCGCGGUUCACUAUUUGGUGAAGUAUCUGGUUCUAAGGGCUUCAAAACUUAAUUACAUGUCGAAGGCGAUACUAUACAGGAAUAGUGUGUAGUACUAUGGCAGCAAUAGUUUUUCACUGUAAUAUGUUAGUCAUAUUACAGAGGACAUACCUGGUAGAAAACUGCUUAAAGUAGCUUCAGGUGUAGGCCUUUUGAGUUGCAAUCUAAUUGUUUCUGUACUUCCAACAGUGGAUAUAGAAAGUGGGACAGCCACAUCUGCACUCAGAAGAUGCGAGAGCCUCACCAAAAGUUUGGAUUCCUGUAGUACAAGUCAACAAAAAUAGAGCUGAAUUCUUGAGCACUUUAAGCAUAUCCUAAUCAGUUUGAUUGUUUUAGACAAGUCUUAUAGGGAUUCCUAAAGUUGGCAACUAAAACAAAAUCUUGAUACCUCAAGGUACCUGAAUUGCGCCAGUUAGAAGAAACUUGUUUUUUGGUAAAGGAAUUUUUUCGUGUGAACAAGAAAAGCAUCUAAUGAUAAGCAUGAAAGUUGUUAAUCUUAGUAUACAUGCUAGGUUGACGCCGCCGCAUAUGCAUGUUGAAGAUGACAUUUGAUAUUAUACAGGAAUAAAAACAUCAGUUUUCUAGUAGUACUCUUUAACUAAAUGCAUAUUGGUAAGUAUCAUUUAUUGCAGAAGAUAUUCCAGGUAGCAGAUAUACAGAUGAUGCUGCUUCAGGUGUAAAUUUUUCAGGUUGGAGUCUAAUUGUUUUUGUGCUUUUAAUUGCAGACUUAGAAAGUGAGGCAGUCACAGUAAAGAUGUCCAUACCAAUAAGUGAAGCAUUAGGAUCUUGACGGUCUCCUAAUUAGGCAACUAUUGUUUUAUACUUUUAAUGCACUGAAUUGUUUGAUAUGUAUCUACAAAGUUUUUACCGAUCUAUCUACAAUAUACUAUAAAUUGGUGAUAACUGUUAGGCUGCCAUUUGUUUUAAUUAAAAUGUAUGAGUGAGCUACUGGAUGCCAAUAACAAUAGGGGGAUACUUACCACU